CACCGUAGUUUAGUUUGCUGUUUGGAUACUAGAGAGUAGAGAUCCCUAAUUAGCCUUUAAUCACCCAUGGAAAAAGAACAUGGCGACCUUCUCCAUCUGGACCUUACUCCGGCGACGGCGCCGGUUGUCGCUGCAGUCCCCGGAGACCCACAGCCACUGCAGCAAUCAACUCGGCGACGUCCGAAGCGGUUCGUGAAGAACCAAAUACCAGACUCCAUCCUAAACGAUGCAGCACUCAACGCCGCCAUAUCACUUCUACCUCAAAACUACAACUUUGAAAUCCACAAGUGCGUAUGGCGAGUGCGGACUUCAGGUGCCAAGCGCGUGGCCCUGCAGUUCCCCGAGGGUCUUCUCAUGUACUCACUCAUCAUCUCCGAUAUACUCUCCACAUUCACUUCCGCCACCCACUGUUUCAUCCUCGGCGACGUGACUUUCGGCGCGUGUUGCGUCGACGACCUCUCGGCGGGAGCUCUUUCCGCUGAUCUCCUUAUUCAUUUCGGCCAUAGCUGCCUCGUGCCUAUUGAUUCCACUACUAUUCCAUGCCUCUAUAUAUUCGUCGAAAUCUCAAUCGAUGUUCACAGGUUGUUGCGUGAACUCAAACUCAAUUUUUAUAAUUCUGAUACGUAUGAUAAUAUCAUUAUGGCUGGAACAAUUCAAUUUGCUUCUGCAAUUCGGGCGGUUAAGCCUGAGCUUGAAAAAUUGGGGUUUAGUAUUUUGAUUCCUCAAGCUAAACCCUUAUCGGCUGGGGAAGUACUCGGUUGUACUGCCCCGAGUGUUAAGAACAGGUUUUCUGAUGGAGAGAAUGUGGUUUUGGUAUUUGUGGCUGAUGGUAGGUUUCAUUUGGAGGCAUUUAUGAUAGCAAAUCCGGGGAUAAAAACUUAUAGAUAUGAUCCGUUUAUAGGGAAGUUGUUUGUGGAGGAGUAUGAUCAUAAGGGAAUGAAGGAGGAGAGGAAGAGAGCGAUUGAGAAGGCAAGGGAGGCAAAGAAUUGGGGGAUAAUUCUUGGGACAUUAGGUAGGCAAGGGAAUCCGAGGAUAUUAGAUAGGUUAGAGAAGAAGAUGUCGGAGAAGGGAAUGACUUGGAUGGUUGUGUUGAUGGCGGAGAUAUCUCCUAUGAGGAUUACAUUGUUUGAGGAUGCAGUGGAUGCUUGGAUUCAGAUUGCAUGUCCGAGGUUGUCAAUUGAUUGGGGGGAUGCGUUUAAGAAGCCUUUGCUAACACCAUUUGAGGCGGAGAUUGCAUUGGGUGAUUUGUCUGGGUGGUGGGAGAGGAAGACUUCAGUGAAUACAGAUAUAUGUUGUGAUGAAGAUAUGAAGUGUUCAAACAAUGAAUCUUCUGGUGCUUGUGAUAAUGGUGGUGAGAAAGUGAAGGAAGAGAUACAAGUGGAUUAUCCAAUGGAUUAUUAUGCUCAGGAUGGUGGGGAGUGGAAUUCUUGCUACUCUAAGAAGCCUGCUCGACUUUCACAAAGAAGUAGUCAAUCUUGUAAUGGUGUCAGUGCCAUCAAAUCUAAUAGCUGAGCUAACUUGUUCCAGCUGGACAUAUUGCUGCCAUCCUAAAUGUAGUUUACACUUUAAAUCUUUCUAUUGACCAACCCCAGCAGAGAGUUGCAGGCUUGUAUCUUGCUGUUUCACUUCAUGCAUCCCUGUAUCUAUCAACUCCAACAAUAUGCGUGCCAGCCCAGCUGUCCACAUUUAUUCCUCAGUUCCAGCAGAAACAGUAUAUUUUUUUUAAGGAACAGCCUGCCAGUUUGUUAAGAUAUUUAAUAGGUAAACUACAGUGGGCUUUCUGGGGAGGCUUAGAUCAAGUGAAUCGUUAUGGUGACAAAGUAAUCCAUCUCCUUGAUAGACUCGUCCUAGAAUGUGAGGGAUCCGGUUGCAUUUUGUAUGUUUAUCUACUUUUUCUUUCAUUUCUUUCUAUAUUCCUACUGUAUUCCUACAAAGUAAUCCAUCUCUUGAUAGACUCGUCCUAGGAUGUGAGGUAUCCGGUUGCAUUUUGUAUGUUUAUCUACUUUUUCUUUCAUUUCUUUCUAUAUUCCUACUGUUGUAGCUUCCUUGCAUCACAAAGGUUAAGAGAUGUGAGUUAGAGAGGUUUGCUGAGUGGUGGUAUAUUAUGUCUCUACAAAGGUUGAUCGCAUAAAAAACCGGGUUUGUCUGUUUUUUUUAUCAUCCAUGUUAUACGCUUGUUGUUAGGGUGGAAUGAAAAAAGGGUGAUGCUAAGGCUGCAAAAGUAUGGAGAGACCAAUUCCUAGGUGACUCAUGGGGUUUAACUUUUGAGUGGGGAGUCCAGCUACCUUCUCAGAUAAAUGCAAAAAUCAAUAGUAAGUGAACUGCAAAGCUAAGCUUGAAACCGAACCCAGCCACUUGUUUGUUACCUUCAGAGAAGCAAGAGUAAGCUUCUUAAAAAGAUGAAAAAGAGCCAAUGGAAGGGAGUGUUCAAGAGGAGAUUAGGAGAAGUGAUGAAACAAAAAAAUACACAUAUUCUCCUCUUUUACUCUGUUAACAGGUUCUCCAAUUUAUACUUUUAAAUGAAUAAAAUACAGAAAAGAAUUCUUCUAAAGAUUCUGAAAGUGCGUAAUAAAAGAUAUGCCUGAAUUUGAGUGGAUAAAAAUUAUAUAUUCCAACACAUUCUCUUGGAUAUGACAAGCAGUAGGUCAAAUUCAUAGUUUUCUUUGUAUUUGAUUGAUAGCUCAACAUGUUAACUCAUAACGAAGUGUAAUAUUUAUACAAAAUAAGGAGAUUUAGGAAAAGCAACGAUGCUAGACCAUUUGUAGGCUAGGCUAGUCAGGCAUAGAAAAUUUUCAGAUGCUUUGAAGGAACUGUGACCACAAAAAUGGGCAUUUCGGUGCUCGUUUAUGUGUGCAAGGCUACAGAACUACAUACUGGUGGGCUAAUCAUCUUUCAAAAUAGAGCAUUGUGUGAAUCAAUAGAACAUGAUGACAUUUGACCUCCAAAAAUGUCAUAUUAGUUGGAUCGGAUCGCAAACUGAUCAAUCUUUAAUUCAUCCAGUUGAACUAAUCUUAUUAGAUAAAGAUGGCCACCCAGAUUGUGUGGAAGUGAACUUACCCCCUGAUCCAGAUACUGGCAAGCUGACAUACUGAGGACAUGACCCAGAAGAGACUCUGCCACUUUUAAUGAUAGAUUUACUUGCACAAUCACGAGGCUGU